UCACGUCAACGGCGACAACGACGACGACGACAAGGAGAAAGUCUUCGGCACUGCCGGUUGUACACAACACAGCAAAGAGAAGAAAAAAAAAGGAAGACGAUAAAAAAGUCGAGCAUGGACCACAAGAAAAUUAAUCCGUAGGUACGUGCAUACGUGGGUGUAAGCCAUGCGGCGCUGCUUCGUGAUAUUCGUACUAACAGUCGCGUUCUGUAGUCUCUGCGUUCUAUAUUACGUGACACCACGCACUGUUUCGAAUCUUGCCAUUUAUACUUUCACCGACGAUGCUGAUCGCAAGACAAUCCUGUACUGGAACACCUUUUUCAACGAAGAAGACUUCUACUUGGGUAUGGGGUACGUGGCCCGAGACUGCCCAAUUUACAACAAUUGUUUCGCCACACACAACAGAUUCUUAAGGAGUGUCGAAGACUUUGACGCUAUCGUCUUCCAUGGCAUCAACGGGGAGCUCAGCACCAAAGAUUUACCAGACAGGAGGCGGCCCAGCCAGAAGUAUGUCUUUGUGGCGCUCGAGAGCCCAGUGAACCGAUACAUUGGGCCUGAGUUCGAUGGCUACUUUAAUGUCACCGCGACGUACCAUUUUGAUAGUGACAUCGUCUGGACGUACGCCAAUAUCGUAGACAGAGACAACGAGAGCCUCGUCGCAGUACCUAGUGCAAAGGAGUACUUUGAGUGGAAAGUGGAUGAAUCCAUGAGUGCAGAAAAUGAAGGAGACGAGGAUCGGAUCAUCAAGGGAAAGAAAGACCUGGCGAUUUGGUACAGGAGCAACUGUAACACGCGUGGUCGGCGUGAGGCGUAUGUCGCUGAGCUCGAGAAGCACAUGCCCGUGGCUAGUUACGGCAGUUGCUCAUCAGCCAACCCUGGCUGCAGGAGGGAUCAGGAUUGCUUCAAGUCCGAGGUCGAGCCCAGAUACUUUUUCUACCUGUCCUUUGAGAACUCGCUGUGCGAGGACUACAUCACCGAAAAAUUUUUCAAUGCACUCAACCAUAGUGUCGUUCCAGUAGUCUAUGGUGGAGCCAAUUACAGUCGCUUUGCACCUCCAAACUCUUACAUAAAUGCGCUGGACUUCGAUUCACCGCAGGAACUGGCCAAAUAUCUGAUUCUGCUGUCGAAAGAUGUGAGGGCGUACAAAAAAUAUUUUCACUGGAAGCGUCAUUAUCGCAUCAUCUCGCCCAAGCAGCGGGUUAUCUGUGAUUUGUGCCAGGUAAUUAAUACUGGACAAAAGAAAAUCUACGCUAUGUCAAAGUGGUACAGCGAGAAUAAAAGAUGUACUGUUCAAAAACAACUAGACGACCAAAUUUCACGUGGUGGUCUUAAUUAUGCUACGAAAAAAACUGUAUCUCCUUAGGGAAUUUGAGAGUGUAAAUGUAAAUGAGUGGGUGUAGAGUGCAUGGGUUAAAGAGCACCUCUUUUGCAGUGCAUUGGAGACAGAUUGUAAUAAUCUUAUUUAUUGUUACUUACGUUGAUUUCGUUAUUUAUUUUUGUACAACAGAAGAUUUUGAAGGAGAGAUCUUUACUACACAACUUUUUACUAAAUAAUACUGUCACUAUUCAAUGCUACUGCACUAUUCAUAAAAUAAAUACUAUUUGCUGAAAUACAA